UUAAAUUUUACAUUCAUUCAAACAACCAGAGAGUAAAAAACAGGAUUCUGUUUGAUAUUCUGAUUGGCUCUGUCCAAUACAGUCAGAAAACCAUCAACCUUUACACCCCUUCAAUAUUAUUUACAUUUCAUUCUUGUACAAACAGAAAUCUUGUAUCCUAAGUAUUUCUUUUAUGCUGUGUACAGUAAUGUUUAGAUUCUCUAGUCUGUUCCCAAGAAUAAUACAGAAUUAAAGUUCCUCUCCGGCCAUUUCUGGGUACUCAAAGCCCGCUAAAAUAGAACUUCCUGUUCUAUGCUCCCACCGAUGUUGCAUAACCCCGUUUCGUAACAUUUUCUUCAAGUUGUACUGCAGUGGUCAUUUGAAGAGCUGAUGUAGGCACGAUGGGCCUAAUGGCCUCUUGUCGUGCUUCUUCAUUUCGCAGUUUAGUGUCAGCGAAACGCAUUCCCGAAACAAGGCACAUUGCAAAAUACAGUAACGGACUGAACCCGAACCCUCAAUGAUCGGUUUAGCCAUCAUCCCCAGCCGCAGGGAUUAGUCGGUCACCGUCCACCACGUGACGGGAACUUCAGUACCCAGAAGGCGCUGCUCGGCCGGAUGCAGCGGUUACCAAGGAGCUGAUUGGCGGUUGUCAUGUCGUCUGGCGGUGAGGGUUCGCUGCUGUCGCUGGAUUUUGAAGUGUUUGGCAAAGUGCAGGGAGUUUUCUUCCGGAAACACACGCAGAAAGAGGCGAAGCGGCUUGGCCUGGCCGGAUGGGUGGAGAACACGGAGCAGGGGACAGUGCGGGGCCAGCUGCAGGGAGCCGAGGAGCCGGUCCGGGCCAUGCAGACCUGGUUGCGCCGUACAGGUAGCCCCAAGUCCCGGAUAGACAGAGCCGAGUUCAGCAACCAGAAGCGAAUCCAGCGCCGGGAGUACUCUGACUUCCAGAUCAUCAAGUAACCGGCGGCGGGGCUCCGUCAGCCCGAGAGUCACGGAGAGGAUCCAGUCAGACUCGGGAGUUGCCCGGUUCCGCUCUGAAUCCAGCCGCUUAUGGAGCUCCGUUAGAAACGGAAUCAGCCACCGCCAACCUCGAACCAGUCUCGCUGGGAAUGAACCUCUUCCUAAAGUUCGCCGAUAACCUUUAGUCCGGAUGUUGAGGGUCUUUGUGAUUUCUUGUUGUUUAUGUUCAGUGUUUCCGGACAAUAUUUCAAGUAGGUCCACAUUUAACUUCGAUGUUUUCUCCCUGUUCUUAUGUUCUUUUUCAUGGAGGUUGGAUGAUGGUGAGUGGGGUUGACGUCCGGUUCUUGCCACCGUGGUCAGAUCCGUAGGAAGAUUCCUAUCAACAAACCAGAACGACCUCCGGCUCCUUCCGAACCGACCUGAGAUGUUUUUGAAGGCUCACGUUUUCCCAUCUGUUGUAAGAUUUGUUUGGCUGAAUUGUCAAACUGAAAGAGUACUACGGUAAAUAAGGUGCAUAGGCGUGAGAUUUUUUUAAGUCAACUGAAAAGCACGCUUCUGCGUUUUCAUUAUUUUCACGUGAAAGGAUUCAAUUCGAGUCUAAACUUAAAGCAAAAUGGCAUUUACGUAAAAGUGGCCAUGGUUAGAGAGCCUCCUAAGUGUGUUGCUAGACCGGUACUUGGCACCACUGCGUACUUUGUGCCGUUAAUGUGAGGGUUAAUACAAUAAUGUAACAUUCAGAUUUAAAGGAGGUGCGGCCCCCGUAGUGAGAUAUUAAACAAACGUUCUAUUCCACUGUUCCUGCACUUCAGGAACAACCCAUUGGUAAUAAUUCAGUGAAGACCACCAAGGGAUUCUGGCGUCAGAUCUAACAUUCAACUUCCGUGAUCAUUUUCCCAACUUCUGUUACUGACAAGUUGCCUUGCACAAAAUUGUUGACAUACUUAGCCACAACCAGUGCAAAAUAAUCUAUUGCAUGUGAAGUGGUUUUCCUUUAAGACGCUUAAUAUGAUGCUCUAGAUCAAAUAGUUGGAUGUGCCACUGUUUUGCAAAGUUUUAUGUAAAGUUGAACACUGUAAGAAAACUGAUUUCACAACAUUCUGAAAUAAAAUUAUUCUGCAUUACACAUUCUGAA